AUGGCAACCUUUCUCAAUUCUCCGAACACACCCGCCGUCGCACAUACAUUUUAUCAUGACGAUAAUAUUUCUCGAAGCCACAAGGCAAACCUCUCUGGAGCGACCAUGUUGGAUCUGUUGAGUGGUCCUGAAGGAUCGAUUGCUGCAGCCUACGAGUCUUCAAGUUUGCACCAACGGACUCCAAAAUCGAGACGACCUUCUCAAGCAUCAAUCACUAAAUCCCAAUUGCGUCAGACGAACAGGACAUUGGUUGAAAUCAUUCAUAGCGUCCAGGCUGAGUUGGCGACUCAGAGAGAAGCAAUGCUCGAUAUGGAGGCGCGAAUUGUUCAGCUCGAGAGCACAUCGCAAAUCAAGAUCCAAGACUUUGCGCCGCGCCACACAAUUGCUGGACACCGCAAGCGGUCUCAGAUCAGAAGCAAGGAAGGUGCUACCCGCGAAACACAAAGAAGCUGGGAUGCAUUCCAGAAGGAUGCUGAUAUGCUUGGCCCCCCCAUCAUCGCAAACGAAUUCUGGAAGUCACCCAGUCGAUUCUCUGGUUUCAACUUCGGCUUCGACCUGCUCGAGACAAUACCAAAGUCAUCACAUCCUCUUCCAGAUGUGGAUGAUGUUCCGGAUCUCACACCGGACGAGCAGCCACAAGCCUAUACGCCAGGACAGCGCCGGAUCCCUCCUAGGAUCACCCGCAUCAGGACGGCAGAUCCCACGACUAUGUAUCACGAUGCUGUGAGCGAUAUCAGAGAGCACGUCAUCGAGUUCGACAAGAUUAAGGUACCUAUGCCACCGAAACUCCAAACUCCGCCACGAAGUGCGCGCAGCAGGUUGGCAUCGGUGCACAGCCCGGACGAUGAGAUCACGGCAUUGCCGCAGAUUCCACUGGCACACACGCAAACCAUGGCGUCCCUCUUACGGAGACCGUUCGCCAUUACGGCAACACUGCGACAAGCUUCACCGAAAUCACAAACCCUCACAUUCCGCGCUUUCCACAACACGCCACUCAAGCAGCACCCGCACUUGUUCCGACCCGCAAAGCCCACGGUAUCGACGUCGCAAAAUGUUUCCAAGUUCCAGCAGGCAUUCCGACGCGGAUAUCAGCAGGCUGCCUACAACCCUGUAGCGCAGGGAGAUAUGCGACAGCGUCUGCUGUAUGGAGGUGGCAUCUUCGCGGGCACCCUGCUUGCGAUCAAUUUCAUCUUCAAUCGCGAGACACGCGAGGAUGGCGGCAUGCCGCCGUUCGAGCGUGAGUACCUCAACGACACCUUCAUGCACACUGGUCUUGGUAUUGGAAUGAUUGGAAUCGCAGCCCGCGCUCUGCACAUGAACGGAUGGAGCUUUAGACUUAUGAGCGCGAACCCGUGGCUUGUGCUUGGUGUUGGUCUCGUUGGCAGCAUCGGAACUAUGUACGGCACCAUGGCCACUUCGCCUUCCAACUACGUCCAAAAGUACGCCCUCUGGACUGCCUUCAACGGUACCCAAGCCCUACUUCUGUCGCCACUCUUCUUCAUGCACCCUGCCAUCCUCGCUCGCGCCGGUCUCUACACUGCUGGAAUGAUGGGCUCCAUCGCCUUCGUCGGCGCCACCGCCAAGACAGACAAGUACCUCUACCUCGGUGGCCCACUUCUCGCUGGUGUCGCAAUCGUCGCUCUCUCCGGUCUCGCUCCCCUCGUCGUCCCAGCCACCGCUGCCCGCACACUCAUGGUCACCGAGAACCUCUGGCUGUACGGUGGACUAGCAGUCUUUGGCGGCUUCACCCUAUACGACGUUCAAAAGGUGUUGAACCAUGCACGCCAGGCUCAGGCCGGCUUGAUCCCCAAGGACCCCGUCAAUGAGUCCAUCUCGCUUGAGCUGGACUUUAUCAACAUCUUCAUCCGCAUGGUACAGAUUCUGGGCAUGAGCCAGAACAGGAGGAAAUAG